AUGGGCAUCGCAUUCUGCCGUCUGCUUGCCCCACACCUGCCUGCCAAGAUCAUUCCUGUAUCCAAAAAGGUGUUGGUUACGCUGUGGCUGCUGGGGAACAUUGAGUCAUUCCGCGGGGUUGCUGAUCGGUUUGACCUUGGCAAAUUGUCUCUUCACCGUGUUCUUUUCCAAGUCUGCAAUGCACUGAAAGCCAUAAGAGGUUUGCCUGGUUCUGUACAUGAUGCCAGAGUGUUUAGAAAUAGCCCACUUUACACUCUGUUGGAAAAUGGUAAUCUUCCUGAAGAUUAUCAUCUAUUAGGAGAUUCAGCCUAUACUCUGCAGCCUUACAUGCUAGUUCCAUAUAGAGACAAUGGACACUUGCUUCCAUGGCAGGUUAAUUUUAAUCAUAUCCACUCCACUUCAAGGGUUGUCAUCGAGAGGGCAUUUGGGCUUCUGAAAUCAAAAUUUAGGCGGCUACAGAAGUUAGAGAUGAUUGAUGUAGAAAUAUCUGGUGCCUGUGUGAUGCAUAAUAUAAUUUUAAUGAAGGAAAACUUAAACCUAGAUUUAGAGAUUCAGCAGGACUUAGAAGUAAUUGGACAUGACGUUGGAGUUGAUAAUGUUGCAGCACGAGAAGCACGUUCUGCGGUAGUUCAGAAAAGGGAUGAGAUAGCCACUGGCUUGGCCAUGCACAUGUAA